CCGCCGUAGUUGGAUUUAAAAAAAAAAACGGUUACCCAGCAACGAGAAAUAACAACCGGAACCAGCGGCACCAGCUCUGAGAGAAACAAGAGGUACAGAAGGCAGUCCCUUCCAAGGAGAUGUCGAUUCCAUUCUCCAACACCCACUACCGAAUUCCACAAGGAUUUGGGAAUCUUCUUGAAGGGCUGACACGUGAGAUUCUGAGGGAGCAACCAGAAAAUAUACCAGCUUUUGCCGCAGCAUAUUUUGAAAAUCUUCUAGAGAAACGAGAGAAAACCAACUUUGAUCCAGCAGAAUGGGGGACGAAGGUAGACGACCGCUUCUAUAACAACCACGCAUUCAAGGAACAUGAAUCACCUAAGAACUGUGAAUCAGAACAAGAAAAGUCUGGUGCAACUGUGAAAGAGGAUGAAACACCAGUCACAGCCUUAGAAUCUUCUGAAGAAGAAAAAGAAAAAGAGGAGAAUGCUGCUCUCAAAAUCCAAGCAGCCUUCCGGGGACACUUGGCCAGAGCAGAGGUGAAGAAAAUGAAACCAGAUGCCCCUCAAGAAGAGGAAACAGAGGGAAACGAGUGAGGAGACUGGUUUUACUCCCCCGCUCCCCACAAAGAAACGUGAACAAAUAAUCCAAAUCCAUCAACCUCUCUGUGAUUGUUGUUUUUUUUCUUAGCAAGGGAGAUGUGAUGUAGUGAAAUAACAUUUGUUGCUGUUGUGAAAAUCUGUCAUGAGCAUUUGUUUAAUAAACAUGCCAUUGAACACAUGCCUCUUCAA